UAUCCGAGGCCGUGCAGAGAUGAGCUGAACCGAACUGGACCGGGCCGUGGCGGGUCGGGGGUGUGCUGAGCCGUACUGUGCUGUGCCGGGCCGGACCGUGCCUUCCAGAGAAAGGCAACGAAGCUGGUGAAGGACCCACAGCAAAAUGGCCACUGUUCCCCUUGGCUUCAACAUUGAUGCCCCGCGCUGGGACCAGAGCACUUUUGUCGGGCGCCUGAAGCACUUCCUCAACAUCACCGACCCACGGACAGUGCUGGUGCCGGAGGAGGAGCUGGACAAGGCCAAGGCCCUGGUGGAAGGCUGCAGGGCCGGGCUGGUGCCACCAGGAAGCAGCCAGGAGCAGCUGCUCUAUGCCAAGAAGCUGUACGACUCAGCCUUCCACCCUGACAGCGGUGAGAAGAUGAACCUCAUCGGGAGGAUGUCCUUCCAGGUGCCAGGGGGCAUGGCCAUCACCGGCUGCAUGCUUCAGUUCUAUCGGACGGUGCCUGCUGUGGUUUUUUGGCAGUGGGUGAACCAGUCCUUCAAUGCCUUCGUCAACUACACCAACCGUAACGCUGCCUCCCCCAUCUCGCUGAGGCAAAUCGGCGUGGCAUAUGUCAUGGCCACCGGUGCAGCCCUGGCCACUGCGGUGGGACUCAACCUCUACACCAAGCGAGCACCCCCCUUGCUGGCCCGCUGGGUGCCCUUCGCAGCUGUGGCUGCUGCCAACUGUGUCAAUAUCCCCAUGAUGCGGCAACAGGAGAUCAUCAAUGGGAUUACAGUGACAGAUGGGGACAACAAUGAGCUCGGUCGCUCCAGGAGGGCAGCAGUGAAGGGCAUCGCGCAGGUUGUGGUCUCCAGGAUCACCAUGGCAGCACCAGGCAUGAGUGAGUGUAAAGCAGGAGGGUGCGGGACUGGACUACAGACUUCCCUGGGGCCCACUACUUUUCCCUCCCCUGCUUCAGUUUCCCUCAUGAAGAAGAGGGAGGGUGGCGCUGCAUCCCAGGUGUCAUUUGGUCUCAUCCCACAAAUGAAGCUGAUCUCCUUAUCCUGCCAUUCCAGUCAGAGUCCCCCAAACCCCCAGGCUUCCUCAUCCCAACCCAUAGCCUGUGGGGGACAUGGGGUGCUCUCAUGGCAGUUUGGCCCUGCAAGGACACAUCUCAUGCUCUCUGGCCCUAGUCCCUCGUUCUGCAGCCCAGCAUCCCCUCACCUCAUGAGACCCUUGACAUGCUGCAAGCUUAGCAGGAGGGACUGGGAGCAUGAGGAGCAUGGACCAUGCAGCCUGGGUGAUGGAUGUGUGUGGGUUAAGGUCCUUGCUGUGAGCAAACAUCCAGUGGCCCUCAGCACAACUAGCUGCUGCCAUGGCCUCCAGGUGGACAGUCCUGCUGGGAGAGCCCUGCAGGCUGGCUUGCAGGGGGAGCCUUACCUUUUUUCUCUGUUCCUAGUUAUUUUGCCCAUCAUCAUGGAGCGGCUGGAGAAAUUCACCUUCAUGCAGCGAAUCCGGGUUCUCCACGGGCCUCUGCAGGUGCUGCUCUGCGGGGGCUUCUCCCUUGCGCUGGCUGACCUUGAGCAGGAGCUGCGUGACAGCAUCGUGGCCAAGCACGGGGACAAAGUGCCAUACGUCUAUUUUAACAAGGGACUGUGAAGAUCACCUCAGGAGCCAUCGCACCCCUCCAGCCCCCUACUACCACCAGCCCCGCGUCCCCUGAGCAGGGAUCAGAAGCACAGUCCAGCCAGAUCUGCUACCCAGCCCAGCAUCUUCUCUACUGCCUCCUUCCACUGGAGAAGCCGGAUCUGGCUCUGUGUGCCCAGCUUGCAGCACUUUGGCUUGUCCUGAGCCUCCCUCAUCUGCUGCUGGCCGUGUCCCUGCUUCCUCACAUUCCCCUUGCCCUGAGCAAUGCCUGCCUUCCUCCACUGGCCCAGUGCUGGAGGAUCUGCCCAGCCUUUCUGAGCCUUUUGUGGUCACUGGACUUGGCCCCACAAGGCAUCAGGCUCUCACAUGGAGCUCAGAGCACAAUUCUACCUCUGAAAGCAGUUGUCCUGCCAUUGUACCAGCAACCAAACCACAUUUGUGCCUUAAACCUCCACAGUAGCCUCUUACCAAGACCUGAAUCAUGCCUUGGCAGGCAUGAAGGGACCUGGCCCCUCUGCACAGGGAGUACCCCAAAGUCCAGAGGUCAGUGCUUGGACUAUGCCUUCCUUGCUCUCAGGUUCAGGUUUUAUUCACUUUGCUAUUGCCACAAUCCAGGAAGGAAAUAGCUAAUGUUUUUUAAGCUCUAAUUUUUGCAUUCCUCUGAUCACAAAAGCCAGCUGUCACCCUUGUCCUGCAUCUCACUGUCCCCAUGGUAGGACCAUGGACCUGCAGCCUUGGAGGGCAGUUGUCUCUGUGCCCCCUUGGACGGGGGAAGAAGAUACAGACGUCACAGAAUCACAGAAUUGUUAGGGACCCUCUGGAGAUCAUCUAGUCUGCCUAGGCAGAUGAUCUAAUGCCAAGGCAGGUUCACCUAGAGCAGGUGACACAGGAAGGCAUCCAGGUGGGUUUUGAAUAUUUCCAG